CAGAACCGGAAGUAGCCGCAGAAGAAGAACGAUGCGGAAGAGCACGUUACGAUUAAACGUAACAUGUUCAUUUAACGUAACGUUAUAUUGCGGUGUGCUCCGAAUAGAAGGGCCGUAUGCUGUAUGUAAAUAUAAGUUCGUGUGCCAGAACAUUUCAGACGCCAGAUAAGAGAAUUUGCUAGCAGGAAAAUGUCAAAAAAAAAACAAAAGCGCAAGAUGUUGUCAUCAAGCGAAGAAGUUUAUAAGCCAUGCAAGGAAGAAGAGGUUGCUAAGAAUUACAAAAGUGAAAAGACGAAGCAAGAUGUAAACAGUCAGGAGAGUCAGGCAGCAAAAUGUGAAAAGUCAACGUGCAAGAAGUCACCAACUUUAAGAAAAGGAAAUGUGAAGCCAUCCAAUGAAGAAGAUGUUACGAAAAAGGACAGAAGUGGAAAGAAGCAAGACGGAAACAGUCGGAAGAGGAGUUGUGGAGCAAAACAAGAAGAGUCUACUUCAAGUACCGCCAAAGAUGUUUCCCGAAGCACCCGCCGCAUAAAAAAACCUGUCUACAGACUAGCAAAAACGCAAACAAAAAACCUGAAACCUGUUGAUCAGCAAGAAGAACGUUCGAAACCAAAAAGUGACAUUUCGGGUAAAGAUGAUACGUUAAGUACAUGUAAGACUGCGGAGAGGAAAUGCUUGAAACUAUCAAUCAAUGCAAGUAGAGUUCCUCAGAGGACAGAGAAGAUACCUGAAGGCACGACAGAUUCCAAAUCUUCCCAGAGUAGCACAUCCACAUUAAAAAAGCAGAAAAUGAGUCCCACUCUGGUUUCUGCUGAACAGAUAGAUCAGAGGCAGGAUGCACUAACGGCAAAAUGCAAGAGAACUGAAAAUAAAAGCAACACGGUUAAGACCAAAGAACCAUACAAGCCCUCCUCUGUCACUCUUUCUUCAUUGGAGAAGAGCAGAGACACUUUUAAGAAAAUGUGCCAGAAGCAUCAAGACAAUAAGGCCCAAAAGAUCCAUACAGAGGCAAAACCCUCACCUGUCUCUACUACAAAGCAUUCCUCCCCUUCAUCCCAGCAGACUACCUCAGUUAGUAGCUCAAAUGUGAUGGUCGGAAAAAUCCCACGGAAGCUCACAUCGAUGUCAUGGAAGCAAGUCGAGUCAACAUCUGUUAAGCAACAAAUAGGAUGUCAUGCUUCAUCUCUGCCUUUUCACUUUAAGAUAUUAAAAAAGGUUCCACAAAGACAAGUAACUAACACCAGUAACAACAAUGGUGAUGGUUCUUCACACGGAAAUCUCAAACAUGGAUCUGAGCCUUCAGACUCCAGGUCACCCAGAAGCAAAGCCGUGCGGGAAACUGUCCAUCAAACUCACGACCCUUUGGAUGUUACACAUAGUUCCUCAUCUGAAGGGAAAGAUAAGGGCUUGUUUUUGUCAGACCAACUUCCAGCUAAGCCUCAAGCCGACCCCGAGCCGUGGGUCAACCAGAUGCUGGUGGUUGAGGAGCUUCACCUCGCCCGCUCCGAGAAGCGAUUGGAGCUGGACAUUAAGCAGAGCUAUGGGGAACUUACCUGUAUGGAAAUAGACCCUCCAGAAGAGGAAGAUGAACGGCCUCCUCUGCAGGACCUCAUCCUUGUUUUGGACACUAAUAUUCUCCUCAGUCACCUGGACUAUGUGAAAAAGAUGCGAUUUCACGGCCUCAGAGCCAUGGGCGUCCCGGUAGUCCUGAUCCCCUGGGUGGUGCUUCAGGAGCUGGAUUCCCUAAAAAGGGGGAGAAGCACGUCCGGUUCUGUGGCGCACCUUGCGAUUCCUGCCAUCUCGUACAUCUACAACUCUUUGAAGAAUCGGGAACCUCACCUGAGGGGGCAGUCUAUGCAGCAGGCCUCUGAGAGCAGCAAUGGUCUUAAUGCUGAGAAUAAUGAUGACAGGGUGCUGCAAUGCUGCCUGCAGUACCAGAGUCUGCACCCAGAGUGUGCUGUCAUUCUAUGCACUAAUGAUAAGAACCUAUGCAGUAAGGCCCUACUGAGUGGAGUGAAUGCCCUCAGCAUGAAUGAUUUGGAGGCAGCGAACAAAAAGUCAGGCCAUGGCUUUCAUCCUCUGCAAAACAUUAAUACUCCAAUCAUGCCCUGCGCCAACCCUCACCUCCCAUCACGAACGCAGAGCAGUAGCUCGACACCAGCGCAGCCACACACUCGAGAGAGAACCGGCUGGUCUGUGGAAGAGAAAGAUUACAAGCCACUGAGCACAAGAGAAGAGGAAGAGAAGAGAAAAUGGAACCCCAGAAGCAUUUGUGACUUAGAGGACUGCCUGCGAGAGGUGCUGUCCGAUGUGUUGGAGGUGGAGAUGAAGGCCGCCUUCGACGACCUCUGGCUAGAGAUAGUUUACUUAAAACCCCCCUGGAGCCUUCAAGAUGUCUUGCAGUGUUUGAAAAAGCACUGGAUUGCUGUCUUUGGGCAAUUUGUCCCACGGGAGAAGUUUCAAACUGUUUUAAACCUCAUUGAAUUCUUCAACUCAGCUGGGACAGCAGACUGUAGCGCCGCAUCCGCAGCCCUCCGAGAAGCAAAGGAGCUCGUGACAGUAUUUGGGAAAAGUUCAACACUUGUUCCCAGUGCCAUCUCAAAAAUGGAAAACAUUUACAACAACCUCCCAGCUCAGUGGGAACCUCCUGCCUGUGACAUUCUCAUGAAUGAUCAUGAAGAAGAAAAGUCUGCUCAGGUCUCUCACCAGGAAGUGUGGUCCCUGUUUGAGAACAUCUGGUCUUAUGUGUUUCAAAUGAGCUUGGAAGUGUUCAAAGCUCUGGGCUUUGACCCUCACACCAUGCGGGGGCCGCCACCGGUCGGAGGUCCUCCGCCACCGCAGGACGCCGUGGUCUGUUUGCACAAGCUGUCCUCCAUGGUCUCACAGCUGCUCCAGGCCUUCAGCAGGGUAUUGUCAUCAGCCCCUGGUUUGGAGGAAGUUUCGGCCCUGCUCUGCCUCAUCCGCUCUAACGAGAUGGUUGUCCUGGAUUCCAAAUUGACAGCAAAAGACCUUCUUGAUUGUUUCUCACAACAAGACUACAGGGCGAAGCUGAGCGUUGGAGGGAACCAGUUAGUGGGGCUUAAAGAGGCCCUGGAUUGUUGUAUUGGAACCACGGGACGACACGUCACCUUCACCACAUCACCGCCCUGAUUGGACCAGAACCUGGGAGACAGCUGCCAAAGAGAUGAGCUGAAUAAACUCGUAUGUUUUACCUCAAAGACUGUUAUAAUAAAUUGUUUACAUAUUUGUUAAUAACAUGUACAAAAUGUACAAUUUAAAUCAAGAACAGAUGAGUCCUGCUUUCAAUGGCCUCCAAAAGUCUUUCAGCUACUUUACGGGUUCCAUCAUAUUCAGCCAAAUCACAGGAGAGCAGGGAUUGAAGGUCAUUAAGUCUAAAAAUAAUUUCCUACACAUAUAUUGGUUUAUCUUUUUAAAAGUUAUAACUUUUUUUAUUAACCGUUUGUUGCUUAUAUGUGUAAACAUAGAAUCUGAUCUAUUUAUGUUUUGAUUUUUUUUUCAAAAUGUGUGACAAUGGACAAAGUUUUAGCUUUAGCCGUCGGCUCACUGAUCCCAUUAUAUACGAUUUCUCAUCUUCAGCGUAAGCUUCUGCUCAAAAGAAUAAUACGUAAAUACUAGGGCCGGGACUUUAGCGUGUUAAUUAUGAUUAAUUAAUUACAAUGUGAAUUAAGAUUCAUUAAUUACACAAAAAAUAACACAUUUUUUACGCAUUCUUACACUUAUUUUUUGCACCGCGGAACGUUUCUCACUGGAUGAGUUUCGGAAGGACCGAUUAUACUGGAGCACCAACUAGCGUUCAUGACUUCAGACAACAACAAACCACAGUGAACAUGAACGAAGAAGCUGACGAGACCGUGUCGGGUGGCCCCGUGAAUGGGAAAUCUUCUUAUAAUAAACACACGGAUGGAAGCGUCGAUAAGAGCGUGGUUGUGUGCAAGCUGUGCAACAAGGAAUUCACAUCGAGCCUCAAGUAUCACCUCAACGCAACACAAUUAGCAGCUAGCGUGGACGUACAAGGACCCACACCCAACCCACACUGCACCAGAUGACUGGUUUAAGGACCAGGGUAACUAAGUCCACGUCUGACAAAAUAACCAAUGUUCUGAAUGUACUUGAAAGUAUUGGUCUACUUAAAAAAAAACAUAGUUUACAGAAGGUCUACUUACCUAUAGGCUACCUGAAUUUCUGAAAGUACUAUAUUUCUAAAUAUGCCAUCUCUACACUGGAAUUGGUUGAACAAAAAUAAAAAUCCAUGUGAAAAAAAUUACUUCUCACUGUUCUCAGGUCAAAUAUUUAUGAAAUUAAAAUGCGAUUCAUUUUGAUUAAUUAAUUACAAAGCCUCUAAUUAAUUAGAUAUUUUUAAUUGAGUCCC